CAAUCCUAGAGAUCAACUUCAAAGUUUUUGAGUUUCAGUACAAAAAUUUCUUUGUUAGAAGUUGGAGCUAGUAAUAAUUUCUAAAAAAUGUCAAACGCCAGACGAAGGUUUCGACGUGAAAAAGCUCGACUGGCCAAGGCCCCGGGUAUCGGUCGAAAAACUGGGGAGACCACUCAUGGACCUCCUAAGCAACAAGUCAAGGGACCAAAGGCACAAGGGCAAGGGCAAGCUAAAAAACAAAAUCAGAUGCCCAAGCAAAGUCAGACUCAGAAUCAAAAUCCAUGCCAAAAUCAGGAUAAGCCAGGGUCGAGCAAGGAAAAGAUUCCAAAGAAGGAAUUAACUGCUAGCCCGCAUAGCACCGUUGAGUCCCAUCGCCACUGGGGUGUAUUUUUAAGCCGGAGUCACACCGAUGCCAUCCAGUUGCUCACCCGGAAUACCAGCUCCAGCAGCGAUGAUUACGGCGAGAAAAGAUUCUUGGCCGACUUCAGGGGCAAACGGUGUGAAUUUCGGGUCUGGUCACCCUUCCAGUCCAAGCUGGCUGCCGGCAUCAUGGGUGGAAUUACCGAUCUCCAUCUGAAAAGUGGAGCCAAAGUUCUAUACUUGGGCGCCGGAUUUGGGCGAACGGUGUCGCAUGUGGCGGACAUUAUCGGAGAGUCGGGAAUGGUUUAUGCCGUGGAGCAGGGUCCUUGGGCGGCACGUCAGCUAACCGCCCUAGCCGAUCGUCGUCCGAACAUCGUUCCCGUCAUCGACGAUGCUACCAUGCCGUACAAGUACCGCCUCCAAGUGCCCGCCACCAUCGAUAUUAUUUUUUGUGACUUGCCGCAGGCGGAACAGGUGCGAUCCCUGAUGCUGAAUGCUCGCCACUUUCUCACAAUCGGAGGAUACUUUGUGUCCUUUGUGCGGGCAACCAGUUCGGAAGCAAAUGUCGUCGAAAACUUGGCCUUGGAAAAGGAACGCCUCAAGCAGCAUCAACUGGAACCUCGCGAGCAAGUCCUUUUGGAGCCUUUCAAGCCCGGUUUUGCCCUCGUUGCGGGCGUGUCAACGCGAAAGGAGCUGCGUGCUUAGUUUAAGUUACUUUCAGUGGGAAGUAAGUUACCACAGGUUGUAGUUCGGGGAGCCGGAAAAUCAUAUUCAAUCGACUAUGGUAGAGUCAAUCAGUAGUACACACAACAGAUCAUUAAAAACCAAAAACCAUA